CAAGGCUACGCCGCAGACGGGCACGGCUCCGCUCGCUCUGUGGCUCUGGUUUCCUGGGGAAGUUCCGUGGCGGGAUCGAAGUGUGCAGGCGCAAGGAGAUAGGAAUGCCACUCGCUGUCCGAGUGUGCAAUCCGGAACGGCGCUCUUCGGAGCCAGUAGAGCACGCCGCUGUCCGCUGGCUGCUGCCAUGGAAGAAGCUGCGAGGGGCAAACGGACACACGUAUAAUCCCUGUACUUUCCCGGGUCCAGCCAGAGGCAGAAAAAGCAGAACCGUGUUCUAUGCUUCCAAGGUCCAGGGCCUUGGGAUCAGCGGCGCGGCGCUUGGGCCUGGUCGCGGCUCCAGCCCCCGCGCGCGCGUCCUCGGCUUCGGCAGCGCGGCGGCCGUGCCCGCCGUCCGACGGCGACGAGGCCGGGGAGGAUGAGCUUCUUCGGCCGCCCCACGGGCAGCCGCUGGAGGAGCGGCGGUGGCCUCGCCGCGGAGAGCAGCAGCAUCGGGUAAUGCUCCAACCAAUCGUCGAGGCGCCAUCAAUAAUUAACAAAACGACACGUACGUAUGGGGCAGAGGCGAACCCAACUACUCUACUGUUGCCACGCAACACGAUAUGGUUCGUAGACCAGACCCACCCGAUCGGUCGUUGGCUCGGUGCGCCCAAGACGCCAAGAGGUCAUGCUCGGUACUGCCCCACUGGCCACGGCAACCGGCCAACCACUCCAGCAACUUGGGAAUCCGACGGCCCUGAUCCCGCCACCGCGCGCCCGAUCCAACGGCGGAGGCGCCGUCCGCGGGAACACGCCCCUGCGGCCGCGCGCGCGGCGGAAACACCGAAGUUUCCAGCCCGCAAACAGUUGCCAUCGCCGUAAUUAAUCCCCCCCGUCCC